AUGACUUCCUCCUUACCUCAUCCGGUGUCCGUCUGCACAGUCCUCGGCGGCGAUUAUGCUACGGAUUAUGAUGAUGAUGAUGAUGAUGAUGAUGAUCAGCGGUUGUCAUCUACCCUCACCUGGAUGGCCUCCCUGUCAACCAUGCACCAACUUACAGCCACAGUGGAACAUAAACAGGCCUGGACAGCAGCCAUGGUAUCGAUCGUGAUGAUUGACAGGGCAUCUGUCGCAUUCGUCAUUCUCGGGCAGGGUUUCUCCAGUCGAAUCUUGAACGCGGAACCAUCCUUGUUCAAGACACCCCCCUCUAGAGAAGCCAACCGUGAAUUGGAACUGGUAUGA